AUGGAGUCUGGCGCGGAUACCCCUUUGGACGUCAAGCUUAUUGCAGAAUCCCUGCGACCAGAAGAUUUGGAUCUCCCAAACGCAAACAAGGAUGUUGGCAAGAAUGAUCCCAUAGUCACGACGAGCCAAAGGGACCAUGAAGAAGCAACUGGGUCGCCUUCGGACAAUGGUACAGGAGAGGAAGGAGAUGGGGACAUUCCUGGCAUUGAAGAGACCCCUGGUGUCAAAAAAGCCGCUAAAGAGACCAUAACAGUGGCAACGUCGUCUCAAACAACACCAGGGGAUUCCCUUUCACUGAACUCUCUUUUGGCAAAGCAUGGACUUCAAGCCGUUUCUUCAGAUGAAGAAUCAGAAGAAGCAUCCUCUUCAGAGGAAGAUUCCCAAUCUUCUAACGACGAGGAGUCGUCGGAAACGGAGAGCUCCGACGACUCGUCCGACAGCGAUAAUUCUUCGUCCGGCCCUAUGCAAGAGGGUGGCAUUGACAACGAAAGGGCUACUAAGCGGCAUGAGAAAUUGCGACAAGGGGUAGCCAGGCUCAUGAACGACGAUUCCGACGACGAUUCAAUGGACGACGACAAAGGGAAGCAACACUUAGUUGCUACUGCUCACGAGAUCACUGUCCCCCAAGUGGUGAUGCCCUCCAUCACUGAGGUUCCAGAGGAAGAAGCAAUCGAGCAAAUUGGGGAGGUGUUGAGCGUUGUCGAUAGCGUUGUGGUCGUCAAAAGUCUAGAACAUGGUAUGCAUAGAGUGCUGGACACGGAGAGCUUGCUCGUGUUCGAGGACCGCAAAGUCUUGGGUUUUGUAUUCGAGACGUUUGGACCUCUCUCAGCUCCGCUAUACUCUGUUCGAUUCCCCUCUGCGUCACACCUUCCUCCACGACUGACGGAAUCCUCGGAGACAACUAAGCAUUAUGUCUUUUAUUGCCCGUCACGAAGCACGUUUGCGUAUACGAGCCAGAUUCGGUUACAUAAAGGCAAUGACGCGAGCAAUUUCUACGACGAGGAAGUUGGAGAAGACGAGCUGGAAUUUAGUGACGACGAGGCUGAGCAAGAAUGGAAACGAAAGAGAAAGGGUGGUGACAACGGAAAACGAAAACGAAGUGGAUCUGCAUCGAGAUCCAGCUCUGUAUUUUCAGAAGUCAAAGAUCCAGAAAACGAUUUUCUGCCUUAUGACGAGGAAGAUGGAGGAUCAAACUCGGGAGUAGGAAUCCCGGGGCUUCAAAACAACAGGAUGUCGCAAUCAUCGUCAGCUGGGCCCGCUUUCCGAGGUGGGUCAUCCCGAGGAAGAGGACGGGGACGAGGACGGGGUCGUGCAGGGAUGAACAGCGCUGGUCCUUACGGAAAUAUUGGACAGUCAUACAAUCCACGGGUAGCACAUUCCCAGUACGCUGGUGGCGCGGAGGAAUACAAUCCAGCGUUUGCGAGUAUGCACUACGGACUGGGUUUAGGGAGUCCACAGCAACCUGCAAUGCAGUCUUUCAAUGGAGUAGCACCAUGGUCGUACAUGAUGUCUCAGCAAUACCAGGGACCUCCUGCUGGGCUGGACAUAAGCAUGGCACUGGGCGGACCGGCACCAGGGGCCUAUGUGAAUCCCCAAUUUGCCAUGAUGCAGAUGUUCAGUGGGAAUCCGGGGAACCAACAAUCAAAUCAUGGGCCACCCACACACCCGAAUACAGGCAACGAAUAA